GAAAAAAAAUAAAAAAAUUAUACUGUCGGUGAUUUAUGGAUUUUUGAUAGACUGCCAAACCCAACCCAAAGUUUUUCACAGAGACACUAUCUCUGUGUCUGAUCAAAAUGAACGAUGCUGAUGCUUACGGUGUUAUGGAGGCGCAGUACAUACGGAGGCAUCACAGACACGAGCCCAGAGAGAAUCAGUGCACUUCAGCUCUUGUUAAGCAUAUCAGAGCUCCCGUUCAUCUCGUGUGGUCAUUGGUUAGGCGAUUUGAUCAGCCGCAGAGGUACAAGCCAUUUGUCAGCAGGUGUGUUGUGAAUGGGGACCUUGGUAUCGGAAGCGUUAGAGAAGUUAACGUUAGGUCUGGGCUUCCUGCUACAACAAGCACUGAAAGGCUGGAACUUCUUGAUGAUGAAGAGCACAUUCUUGGAAUCAAGAUUGUUGGUGGUGAUCACAGGCUAAGGAAUUACUCUUCAAUCAUGACUGUCCAUCCGGAGAUUAUUGAUGGGAGACCUGGAACACUGGUGAUUGAGUCAUUUGUAGUGGACGUGCCAGAGGGAAACACGAGGGAUGAGACUUGUUAUUUUGUUCAGGCCUUGAUCAGGUGCAAUCUCAAAUCAUUGGCUGAUGUCUCGGAGAGGAUGGCUGUGCAAGACCGAACUGAACCAAUAAACCGAUACGGAUGAAGUAUGAUGGCUAACGUGGUGUAUAGAUUUAUGGUUCUAGAUUCCCAAAGGUCUUUAGAGAUUGGUAGGAGUUGUCCUACCUCUUUCUCUGAAGUUUUGAACACAAUGCUGGCUUUGCCUUUGGCUUUCCCUUUUCAUCAUUUGGAGACCCCUUCAACUCUUUCUGCCUGCUUUUACAUGUUUGUUUUUUUUAUCUCAAUACUUUACCCUUGCCUGCUUUUUAGUACCAAAAGUAUAUGUUCUUUUGGCAAGUAUCUCUGAAUGGAAAAGGAUCAGUUCAAUGUCUCACUUUUUUGUUUUACUGGGUUUUGUGCAUGGUGGUAUGUUUCUAUGGUCGUAUCUGUAAAUACUUAUGUAACAAAUAGUUUCCUUUUCAAUAGUGGUUUGCAUGUUGUAGUUCCAGUGUCUAGGUGCAGGAAGAUUCAGUAGAGAACCUCUUCAAUAGCAGUACAACUUUGUUGCUUGUUUUUGUACAUACAGUGGCUUCUUCAGUAAAUUAUGGUCUGCCUUUGUUUUCCA